CAUCCUGAGCUGCUCUCCAAGAAGAGAGGAGGCAGGGUGAAGGUGGAGACUCAGGUGACCGUUCCAGAGAAGAGGGAGAAGCGGAAACCCAUCAAGAAACCCAGCAAAAAGAGCAAAGGAAAACCAGGCCGCAAACCCAAAAAAAGCACAGAGAAUGACAAAGAAGCAGAUGCCAACACAACAGUGGAAGACGGACCAGGAGAGGGAUUUACUAUUCUCUCUGCGAAAAGCUUGUUCCUUGGACAAAAGCUGUCCCUUACAGAGAGUGAAAUCAGCAAAAUCGGCACGAUCAAAGUGGAAGGAAUCAUCAAUCCCACAAACGCAGAGAUUGAUCUGAAAGAGGGAAUCGGUAACGCUCUGGAGAAAGCAGGAGGAAAAGAUUUCCUAGAGACCGUCAAGGAGCUGAGAAAAAGCCAGGGUCCUUUGGAGGUCGCAUCAGUGGCUGUGAGCCAAGCCAAUGGGAUGGCAGCACGUUUCAUUAUCCAUUGUCACAUUCCUCAGUGGGGUUCAGAGAAGUGCGAAGAUCAGCUCGAGAAAACAGUCAAGAACUGUCUGUCUGCUGCCGAGGAGAAGAAGCUCAAGUCGGUGGCCUUCCCUUCGCUACCCGCCGGACGAAAUGGUUUCCCAAAGCAGACAGCAGCCCAGCUAAUACUGAAGGCCAUUUCGAACCAUUUUGUCUCAGCAACCACCUCCUCUCUGAAGAACAUUUACUUUGUUCUGUUUGACAGCGAGAGCAUUGGGAUAUACCUGCAGGAGAUGGCAAAGAUGGACGCCAAGUGAUGUUGAGUCGUGGGUUUGAUUUCUUUUGAAAGUGUAACGCCUCGAUGCAGCUCUGCUUUAGCUUUGCUUUGACUGGUUUUGUCGGCCUCACCGUCGUGGGAAGGUGAAAUGAGUUGAACGUGAGCUUUAGCGGAGAGUGCAUCCAGGCUAGUAGGAGCGUACUAAGUGGAGUGUAGUGCAUCUUGGUGAAAGAUGUUGUAGGUAUAUGUUUUUGACAACAGAUUAUUCGAAGGUGUUUAAACAAGGAUAUUUGUGAGUGAUGUACUGUACACAUUUAUGUUUCACUGUUCUCCUUUAAAGUAAAGACAUUCAUUUAGACUAGAUCAACUUAAUCUUCAUUGUUUGCCAUUUUUAUCCUUAGAAUGAUCUUUUUACAUUCCAUGUUCAGAGUUGAACAUUUGACCAUUGUUUUUGGCUAGAUAUCAUGUGUGGUUUCUGACCGUUUUGGUUU